AUGGGAGGUGCUGUUACAGCCCUCCCAAAGGGGGUGGAAGUGAUGGGUGCCAGAAUGGGGUGGGAGGUGCUGUUACAAAAUGUGUUAGCAAAAACUGAAAAAUUUGGAGAAGAUAUUGAUAAUCUCUUGAAUAAUCUUGAUGAGGUUGGUUUGACUUUGGAUAUUUCACAAAACGAAUUCCACAGCUUGAGGAAUACACAAUUCAUAGAGAACAGAGUGUAUGAGGAUGAUGAAACCAUGGACAGCAAUGUUGAGGAGAAGGUGGUGGGAAAAGUAUCUCAAGAAGAACAGGAGACGUCUAUUUUUGAUUCAGUUAUCAUGGGAAUGUCUAUUUUGGACAAGUAUUACGAUGCGGUUGAGGUAUCGUUGAGCGACAGUGAAGAGGAAUCAGAAAAGAGUGGUACUGAAUCAGAUAAAGUAUCAGAAAUUUAUAGUGAAUCUGAUUCUGAAGAUAAUCUACCAAAGGAUAUGCUGAAAGGGUCAGAAUCUAGUUCGGAAUUAGACUUCUUGAGCCAAACUAGUGAAACUAGGCCUGUAGCUAAUUCCACAUUCAACGAUUCUGCCAAAAAGCUCGAUUCAACAACUCAAAGUGAUGACAGUGAUAGAGAGGAUUCAUUGCCAAUCAAGUCGCCUCUUUCAAAUAGAACUUUUGCUGAACAACUGGCUGCUAAACUGGAUAGCGUCAUAAGCAAAGAAGAAAAUCAACGAAUCAAUAGUCAGCAGAUCGAUAGCAAUAGUGUACUGAGCAAAGAAGAGGAAAUCAAUAAUCAACCAAUAAAACCUGCUAGGAGUAAUACGUAUGGUGACAUAGGAGGUGAUCUUUUCUUUGUUGAACCUCCUCCAUUGUUGGACCCACCAGAACCCAAAACUGGUCUUUUUUCUGGAGGUAAAGGCUUAUUCGAUGAAAAUGAAGAUUCCUUAAUUUGGGAUAAUCUUACGAAAGUAACAUCUAAGAAGCAACUUGACAAGAGCGAGCAUUUUAAAGAUGAGGAAAAGAUUGAUGUUCCAGAAAAAUUAAGCUUUUUACCAAAAUCAUCAAAGGUUAGCAAAGGUCUGUUCGACAGUGAAGACAGCAGUGAUGAUGAGUUAUUUGGUUUUGAUAAAAGUAAACUUGGUAAAACACCAUUUCUACAACAAAAUCAUCCAAUUGUACCGUUGUUUGAUAAUGAACCACCUGAAUUGCACACAAGUAGAAAAUCUACAGACGAAUCCGCUAGAAAGAAUCCUGUAGCCGAUCUUUUUGGAACUGAAGUAUCCAAGAAUAUUCUCAAAGAGCAACAACGAGAUAAAGAAAAUGAUAUUUCCAAAGAUAACAGAUUGAAGAAUACACAAGAAAAUACAUCAAAGAGGGAUCUUUCUGUAAAACCUAAUAUCUCCAAAGGGAACCAAUUGAAGAAUACACAAGAAAAUACAUCAAAGAGGGAUUUUUCUGACAAAAAAUCUAAUCUGUUUGAUGAUACUGAUGAAUUCCAGAGCAAACAAACAGAAAAUAUUCCGAAUUUAUUCCGAUCACAGGAUAACAUUCAUAUUCAGGAAACAAGAACUGUUGGUGAUGUUGAAAAAAAUAAAUCUGAUAUCAAAAUAUCGAAUACAAGGAAUAAAGUUGGUUUAUUCGAGGAUGACUUCGAUGAUAAUAUGAAUGCAAAGGCUUCAAAACUAAAAAUAAGCCUUUUCGAUGAUGACGACGACGAGUUAUUCAAAGAUGAUUUAUUCUCAGAUGUUACACCAAAGAAACCAGCAUUUAAUUUAUUUGAUGACCUAGACAACUCUACCAUAUCAUUCACUCCAAAAUCUGACAACCUUGGUAAUACAAAAAAUGAAGGGGGAAAGUAUGAAAACAGGAAGCACAUAAAUUCCGACAAAAGUAGUAAUAUAAUAUUUGGUGAUGGUAAUAAAAAACAAAGAACCGUCCCAAAGUCUGAAGAGACCAUUAAUCAACAAAAAAUAUCAGAAGAAAUUGAAAAGCAUGAUGAUUCAGUUACGAAUAAUGUAAUAAAAAACAUGAGUAUAUCGAAUAGUAAUGAUCCUUCAGGACAGCAACUUGUGGAAGCAGCUGAGAACGAAAAAAGUGAAUCCAAAUAUAUAUUGAUUGCACCGUCAUUCGAUGAUGAUAAUCAAAACGGAUUUGAAAACGAUGCUAAAAUAGACGAAACUUCACCUCCAGGAAAAGCUGAUCAUUGUGAAAGGACUCUCAAACCAGACUCCAAGCUGGAGGCAAAUAUGACACCUACAAUCAGACUAUUCGAUUCCACUCCACCUCCGGAUGACGAUGGAGAUUGGGAUUCGAAAUCUGACAAUUUUUCCUAUACCGAAGAUUUCACCCCCUAUCAGAUUGAAGGGAAUUUGGACAGAUCGAGUCUGUUUGACAAUGAACCUCCUUCAUUGGAUGCCAAUGAGUCUAGUGGUAUAGUCAGAGAUCAGAACACUACGAGGGCAGACACAGAUGAUUCUUCUUUUUGUCCUCAUGCAUCUUCUUCUAGAAGGCUCUCUUCUGAUAUUUUUAGUGAUCAGCAGUCACAAGAUAGUUUUUUCAUAACUAAGAGUAGAAUGGAUUCAGCAACAGCUUCGUCAAAUCUUGGAAUCAUAACAGAAACCACGGACAGUACAGGUAGUAAUUCAGAUAAUUUGCUGGAAAGUACAAAUGCCGACUUAAAAUAUGAGGCAAACAAAAUCAUGGAAGGAACAGUUAGUGAUGAGGAACAAAUACAAACUUCAGGUAGCGAAAAUGAAGGAGAUUUUGUAGAAACCCAAGAGGUCGAUUCUGACGAGGAGAAUUCAGAAGACGAGGAUAUUGGAGCUUCACAACGUUCACUGAAUCAAGAAGCAAAUCAUCAUACUAGUUCUGCUACGUCUAUGUUGUAUAGUGAUGACGAUUUGGAUGAUAAUGUACCAUUAUCUACAAUUGUUGAUACCCUGAAGCAUGUGAUUUCUUCCAAAAAUUCUUCACUGAAGGGCAAAAAUCAUCACAGAUGGUCCAUAAUUGAACCACCUACUAUAGAUGUUUUGGGUCAUAGCAAUCCCUUCCAUUCUUUACGAAAUCCUACGUUGUCAGAUAUUCUUCUAUAUGAUGACAGUACAAAUGUUCCAUUGAGCUUCGACAAAGGGCAAAAUCAUAAUGAAAAAGAAUUGUUGAUCACUGACAGAACGGAAGUUGAUGGGGAAGCAAAUAAAAGUAAAAUCUUGUCAAUUGAUGAUUUUGCAAAAAGUGAUGCGAAUAUUUCUGAAAAAAUUAAAGGUUCGCCCGGUAAACUGAAACAUAAUUUGAAUAUAAAUGUUAAUGCAUUGGUACCUGGGUAUAUACCACCAAAAACUAGAGAAUUUACAAGAUCGCAAAGUUUAGAUUCCCCAACAGAUGAUGAAACUAAAUGCAUUUUGAAAUCAAACAUUACUUCAAAUGAGGAUUCGGCGAAUGGAAAUAUAUAUAAGUCUGUUAGUUUAGAAAAUGCAGAAAAUAUUGAAGUGCUGCCUAGUAUCACUAAGGAUAGAGCUAAAAUUCCAAUAAAAAGGAGACCUUCAACAAGAAGAGGGCGCAAAGAAGCAAUUCGACAAUCUGUUAUUGAGAAUGUAUCAGCUCAUGAUAAUGUUUCGAGUGACUUUGAAGAGAAAGAAUCUGCUAAGGAAUCAUUAUCAACUACUAUUUCAACAACUGAAAAUAAUAAUAUACAAGUGAGUGAAGACAAUAAAGAUGAACCAUUAGAAAUUCCGUUCACAUCUACAGUGGAAUUAGUGGAUGAUUCAAAGAAAUUGUUCGGAUCUGAAAGCGAAUCUGACGAUGAUUUAUUCACUUCCAAGAAGUCUGGAAGGAACCAGAAAAACUCCAAUCCCGUAAUGAAUGCUCCAAAGAAAUCUUUAUUUGAAGAUUCUUCCAGUGAUGAUGAUCUAUUCAAAAGUGUUCGUAAAAGAGACAAUACAAAUAAAACGGAUCCACCUCUUGAAAACAAAAUUAAAAAAACAAUCAUCACCAAGAAGUUGGACAAUUUAGAAACCUCAGAAGACCCGUUGAGUGAUUUAUUGAAGUAAUAGGUGAUAUAAUUAUGGUAUUGUUUACAUUGUUAUAUGAUUAUGUUUGAAUUGUUAUAUGAUUAUAAAUAAACCUAUUCUGAAAACAUUAAAUGAGUUAUAGAAUG